CUCUUUCGGUUUGCCUGACGGUCGCCUGUCUGCUGUUGUGCUGUUCGCUGUUUUGCCGAGAUCGAGUUUUUUAUUGUGUGUUCGUUCGUUAUACUUUAUUUUCGCGAGUGACUGUUUCUCAGUGUUUCAAGGAGUUCUAGUGUCUUAAAGUGUUCUAGUGUUUUUUAGAAAGUGUUAUUGUUAUACAAGGUGGCCCCUGGAUGAGCCUAUCAUAGUUUUGAAGUCUGUCAACUACAAGUGACAGGGUGGCGGUGGCAUCAUGACGACAGACAUAUCCCUGGUCCGUACCUGGGACCCGACACUACAACAGGAGAUUGUUGACGAUUACGAGUACGAUGGCGGAAACUCUUCCUCCAGACUGUUUGAGAGAUCCAGAAUUAAGGCUCUUGCAGAUGAGCGUGAGAGUGUACAGAAGAAGACGUUCCAGAAAUGGGUAAACUCCCACCUGGUGAGGGUCAAUAGCCGCAUCGGUGACCUGUACGUGGACCUGCGUGAUGGCAAGAUGCUGCUCAAACUGCUGGAGGUGCUGUCCGGCGAGCUAUUGCCCCGUCCUACCAAAGGCAAGAUGCGUAUCCAUUGUUUGGAGAACGUAGACAAAGCCCUACAGUUCCUGAGGGAACAACGGGUCCACCUGGAGAACAUGGGAUCUCAUGACAUUGUGGACGGCAACCCUCGCCUCAGUCUGGGACUCAUCUGGACUAUCAUCCUGCGCUUCCAGAUCCAAGACAUUACGAUAGAAGAGACAGACAACCAAGAGACCAAGUCUGCGAAGGACGCUUUGCUGCUGUGGUGUCAGAUGAAGACGGCCGGCUACCACAAUGUGAACGUGCGCAACUUCACCACCUCCUGGCGUGACGGGCUGGCGUUCAACGCAAUCAUACACAAGCACCGACCGGACCUUAUACAGUUUGAGAAGCUCAGCAAGAGCAACGCUAUGUACAACCUGAACAACGCCUUUAAUGUGGCCGAGGACAAGCUGGGACUUACCAAACUGUUGGACGCAGAAGAUGUGUUUGUGGAACAACCAGACGAGAAGUCCAUCAUCACAUACGUGGUCACAUACUACCACUACUUCAGCAAGAUGAAACAGGAGACUGUCCAGGGCAAGAGGAUAGGAAAGGUGGUAGGCAUCGCUAUGGACAACGACCGCAUGAUCCAGGAGUACGAGGGUCUGACCAGCGACCUGCUGAAGUGGAUAGAGUCGACCAUCGUCAGUCUGGGCGACCGACAGUUCGCUAACUCUCUCACUGGAGUGCAAGGUCAACUCGCCCAGUUCAACAACUACCGCACUGUCGAGAAACCUCCCAAAUUUAUAGAGAAAGGUAAUCUGGAAGUAUUACUUUUUACUCUGCAGUCUAAGAUGCGAGCCAACAACCAAAAGCCGUACACUCCUCGUGAGGGCAAGAUGAUUUCUGACAUCAACAAGGCAUGGGAACGCCUGGAGAAGUCAGAGCACGAGAGAGAGUUGGCUUUGAGAGAGGAGUUGAUCAGACAAGAGAAGUUGGAGCAGCUUGCAGCUCGGUUCAACCGCAAAGCCAGCAUGAGGGAGACUUGGCUCAGCGAGAACCAGCGUCUCGUGUCACAGGACAACUUUGGGUUUGACCUGGCAGCUGUUGAGGCUGCGGCCAAGAAGCACGAGGCUAUUGAGACAGACAUCCUGGCGUACGAGGAGAGAGUUCAGGCCGUGGUGACGGUCAGUCAGGAGCUGGAGGCGGAGAACUACCACGACAUUGACCGCAUCAAUGCCAGGAAGGACAAUGUGCUGAGACUGUGGCAUUACCUGUUGGAGUUGCUGAGAGCUCGUAGGAUGAGGCUGGAGUUGUCUCUACAACUGCAGCAGAACUUCCAGGAGAUGUUGUACAUCCUCGACUCCAUGGAGGAGCUCAAGAUGAGGCUGCUCUCUGACGACUAUGGCAAGCACCUGAUGGGAGUGCAAGAUCUGCUACAGAAACACUCUCUUGUGGAAGCUGACAUCAAUGUGCUGGGAGAGAGAGUGAAGGCUGUAGUACAACAGAGCCAGAAGUUCUUGGACCAGGAGACCAAUGAAGGAUUCCGUCCCUGCGACCCAGCCAUCAUCAUAGAGCGGGUGCAGCAACUAGAGGACGCAUACGCAGAGCUAGUGAAGCUGGCUGUGGAGCGCAGGGCUCGGCUGGAGGAGAGCCGCAAACUGUGGCAGUUCUACUGGGACAUGGCUGACGAGGAGAACUGGAUCAAGGAGAAGGAGCAGAUUGUCUCCACGACGGAGAUCGGACAUGAUCUGACCACCAUCAACCUGCUGCUGUCCAAACACAAGGCGCUGGAGAACGAGAUCGGCAGCCACGAGCCACAGCUGAUGAGUGUGGUGGCUGUGGGAGAUCAGCUGGUACAGCAAGGGCACUUUGGUGCUGAGAGAAUACAGGAGCGUCUGCAGGACACUCUGGGCAACUGGAACCACCUGCUGGACCUGGCAGCACUGCGGCGCAAACGUCUGGAGGAGGCCGUUGACUUCCAUCAGUUCUUCGCAGAUGCUGAUGACGUAGACAUCUGGAUGCUAGACACACUGAGACUAGUAUCCUCGGAGGACGUGGGCCGUGACGAGGCCAAUGUACAGUCGCUGCUGAAGAAACACAAGGACGCCACCGAGGAGCUCAAGAACUACGCUUCCACCAUCGAGGCUCUGCACACUCAGGCUGGGCAGCUGGGAGAGCAGGAUCGUACUUCACCCGAGGUGGUGGAGAGGCUCAACUCCAUAGACAACAGAUACCAGGAGCUGAUGGAGUUGGCCAAACUAAGGAAACAGCGACUGUUGGACGCCCUGUCACUGUACAAGCUGUUCAGUGAGGCGGACGGCGUGGAGCAGUGGAUCGGAGAGAAGGAUCGUAUGCUGCAGACUAUGGUCCCAGCUAAGGACAUUGAGGACGUUGAGAUCAUGAAACAUCGUUACGACGGCUUUGACAAGGAGAUGAACGCAAACGCAUCUCGUGUCGCUGUCGUCAAUCAGCUGGCUCGUCAGCUGUUGCAUGUUGAGCAUCCCAACUGUGAACAGAUCGUGGCUCGUCAGAAUCAGCUGAACCACGGCUGGGCCGAGCUGAGAGAGAAGGCUGAAGGCAAGAGAGAGGAGCUCAACUCUGCCCAUGGAGUACAGAGCUUCCACAUCGAGUGUAGAGAGACAAUCAGCUGGAUUGAGGACAAGAAACGCAUCCUUCAGUCCACCGACAGUCUGGAGAUGGACCUCACUGGAAUCAUGACAUUGCAGAGGCGACUGUCGGGUAUGGAGAGGGACCUGGCUGCUAUACAGGCCAAGCUGGACUCUCUAGAGGCCGAGGCUGACGCUAUAGAGGCCGAACACCCUGAGGAGGCCGCUGUCAUCAGGGAACGCAUCACACAGAUCACCCAGAUAUGGGAGCAGCUCACCCAGAUGCUCAAAGAACGAGACUCUAAGCUGGAAGAGGCAGGAGACCUGCAUCGUUUCUUGCGUGACCUGGAUCACUUCCAGGCGUGGUUGACCAAGACACAGAAGGAGGUGGCGUCCGAGGACAUCCCCGGCAGUCUGGCCGACGCUGAGCGACUGCUCAACCAACACCAGGCGAUACGUGAGGAGAUUGACAACUACACUGGCGACUACACCAAGAUGAUGGACUACGGAGAGACUGUCACUGCGGAGCCCAGCACACAGCAAGACCCGCAAUACAUGUUCCUGAGGGAGAGACUGAAGGCGCUGAGAGACGGAUGGCAGGAGCUGCAUCAGAUGUGGGAGAACAGACAACAGUUGUUGUCGCAGUCCCUCAACCUGCAGAUGUUUAACAGGGACGCCAGACAAGUGGAGGUGCUGCUGUCCCAACAGGAACAUGUGCUCAGCAAGGACGACACUGUCAUGAACCUGGAGCAAGCCGAGAACCUCAUAAAACGACACGAGGCUUUCCUCACAACGAUGGAAGCCAACGACGACAAAAUCAACUCUGUUGUGCAGUUCGCCGGCCGCCUCUGCGACGAAGGCCACUUUGCUGCGGACAAAGUGAGCAAGAAGGCGGAGAACAUAGCGGACAGACGCAACGCCAACCGAGAACGAGCUUUGCAGCAGAUGGAGAAGCUCAAGGACCAACUGCAACUACAUCAGUUCCUUCAGGAUUGCGAGGAGCUGGGUGAGUGGGUGCAGGAGAAGAAGUUCAUCGCUCAAGAUGAGACGUACAGAAGUGCCAAGACUGUACACAGCAAGUGGACCAGACACCAGGCGUUUGAGGCGGAGAUUGCUUCCAACAAGGACCGCCUCAAGAGAGUACAACAGGCUGGCGAAGAGCUGAUGAAGGAGAAGCCGGAGCUGGCUGAGGUCAUUGCUCCUAAGAUUUCUGACCUUCAACAUCAGUUUGCCGACCUUGAAACCACCACCAAGGACAAGGGAGAGCGAUUGUUUGAUGCCAACAGAGAAGUCCUGGUCCACCAGACCUGCGAUGACAUCGACUCUUGGAUGAACGACCUCGAGAAACAGAUCGAGAGCGAAGACACUGGCAAUGACUUGGCCUCUGUUAAUAUUCUCAUGCAGAAACAACAGAUGAUUGAGACGCAGAUGGCAGUGAAGGCCAAGCAGGUGACAGAGCUGGAGACCCAGGCUGCCUUCCUGGAGAAGACUGUACCAGACAAGAUAGAUGAGAUCAAGGCCAAGAAGUCCAAGGUGGAGGAGAGAUUCCAGCAACUCAAGGCACCGCUGCUGGAGAGGCAGAGGGCUCUGGAGAAGAAGAAGGAAGCGUUCCAGUUCCGUCGAGAUGUGGAGGACGAGAAGUUGUGGAUCGUGGAGAAGAUGCCACUGGCAACGUCGCAAGAGUACGGCAACAGUCUGUUCAACGUACACACUCUCAAGAAGAAGAACCAGUCACUUGCCACGGAGAUUGACAACCACGAGCCUCGCAUACAACAUGUGUGUCAUAACGGCCAGAAGCUGAUAGAGGAAGGCCAUGAGGACGCUGGACAGUUCAAGGACCUCAUAGACGACCUGACAGACAAGUGGAGGCAACUCAAGGACGCUGUUGACCACCGCCGUAACCAGCUGUUGCAGAGCGAGAAGGCUCAGCAGUACUUGUUUGACGCUAGCGAGGCAGAGAGUUGGAUGAGCGAACAAGAGUUGUACAUGAUGGUGGAGGAUCGAGGCAAGGACGAGAUCUCCGCACAGAACAUGAUGAAGAAACACAAGAGUCAGGAAGUGGCUGUGGAGGAUUACUCCGAGACAAUCAGACAACUGGGCGAGACAGCGAGACAACUCACCAGUGAACACCACCCUCAGAGUGAGCUGAUCGCAGUCAAGCAGGCGCAGGUAGACAAGCUGUACGCAGGACUCAAGGACCUGGCUGGUGAGAGGAGAGCCAAGCUGGAUGAAGCUCUGCAGCUGUUCAUGUUGAACAGGGAGGUAGACGAUCUGGAACAGUGGAUCGCAGAGAGAGAGUUGGUGGCUGGCUCUCACGAGCUGGGACAGGACUACGACCAUGUUACGUUGCUGUGGGAGAGGUUCAACCAGUUUGCGCAAGACACUGACGUUACGGGCACUGAGCGUGUGGCGGCCGUCAACAACAUUGCAGACUCGCUGAUAGCAGCCGGCCACAGCGACUCUGCCACCAUCGCUGAGUGGAAGGACGGACUCAACGAGGCAUGGCAGGAUCUGCUGGAGCUCAUAGAGACAAGGAAACAGAUGUUGGUCGCCUCUAGAGAGCUGCACAAGUUCUUCCAUGACUGCAAGGACGUUCUCGGCCGCAUCUCGGAGAAGCAGCACGCCAUGUCUGACGAGUUGGGACGUGACGCAGGCAGUGUGUCUCAGCUGCAGAGGAAACACCAGACCUUCCUACAGGACCUUCAGACUCUUCACUCACAGGUCCAACAAAUCUCCGACGAGUCUGCCAAGCUGCAGGCGUCGUACGCCGGAGACAAGGCCAAGGAGAUCACCAAUCGUGAGGCGGAGGUGCGCGGCGCAUGGGCAACUCUGCAACAGCUGUGCGACGCUCGACGCCAGAAACUGGCCGACACCGGUGACCUGUUCAAGUUCUUCAACAUGGUGCGAACACUGAUGUUGUGGAUGGACGAUGUCGUCAGACAGAUGAACACCUCCGAAAAACCAAGGGAUGUGAGUGGUGUUGAACUGCUCAUGAACAACCACCAGAGCCUGAAGGCAGAGAUUGACACAAGAGAAGACAACUUCACAGCUUGUAUCUCACUAGGCAAGGAACUGUUGUCUAGGAACCACUACGCCUCCACCGAGAUUAAAGAAAAACUGUUGGGUCUGACGAACCAGAGGAAUUCCCUGUUGCAUCGCUGGGAAGAGAGAUGGGAAAACCUCCAACUCAUCCUGGAAGUCUACCAGUUCGCCAGAGACGCGGCCGUCGCAGAAGGCUGGCUGAUCGCACAAGAACCCUACCUGCUCAGUCAAGAGCUGGGCAUGACAAUCGACGAAGUGGAGAACUUGAUAAAGAAACACGAAGCGUUUGAAAAAUCGGCAGCCGCUCAGGAGGAACGCUUCAUGGCUCUUGAGAGGCUAACUACCUUUGAACUGAAGGAACUCAAGAGGAGACAAGAAGAAGAAGAAAGGAAGAGACAGGAAGAGUUGGCCGCCAAAACUCCUCCCCCUACGUCACCACAAGACCAGUCCUCAGACAGACCGGACGGUGAAGGAGUGGAGUCAGAGGCACAACAAAAUGGAGAAAAAGAGGCGGAAAGUCGGAAAGUCGUAGAGCAUGGCGGGGGUGAUACAAAGAGCCCCGUAGCAGAGCCCCGAGCCCCCACAACAACCAAACCACCACGUACGCCGCAACCAUCCACCAGCCAAUCAACUGUGAGCGCCAGACAGAGCGCGAAGGACUCGGCCACUCUUGGUCGAAAGAAGGACCGCAGCAGGUCCAAGUCUCCAUUCCGCAGUUUCCGAUGGAAGAAGUCUUCUCCGAAGAGUUCACCAGCGCAGGGCAGCGCCAGCGAUGACGAAGGCAAUUUAGAGCGAGCCGCAGAGAGGCCGAGCCCUGGAGGAGAGGAGAGUCCUCUGGAAGGUCUGCUUGUCCGUAAACACGAGUGGGAAAACACUACCAAGAAAGCCUCCAACAGGUCGUGGGACAAGUUGUACGUGGUUGUCCGAGGCACCAAGCUGUGUUUCUACAAGGACGCCAAGAGUGCUAAGGCAGCACCUGAUGUAUAUGCUAAGGGCGAGACGCCCCUCGACUUGAGAGGAGGAAGUUGCGACGUCGCCUCUGACUACACCAAGAAGAAACACGUCCUCAGAGUCAAGGCUGCCAAUGGUGCUGAGAUCCUACUGCAGGCCAAGGACGAUGAUGAGAUGCGUCAGUGGGUCGGUGUGUUGGCCGGCCUGAGUGAUGCUAGCAGUGGCGGCCCUUCUCGCUCCCACACACUCCCCGCCCCGGCCCCGGGCAAAGACGAGCCUAAGAGACGCAGCUUCUUCACUCUUAAGAAGAACUAAGUGUAAAGUAAAGCGGUGGACAGUAGCACGCUGACGACGUCAACAGCAUUCUUCUAUUUCCGCAAUAUUCAACAUAGAUACUGCCAGUUUUCGUUUACACACAAAUAUUUAUAUUCAUUCAUUAUUUAAAGCUGUGUCAUUUUGAUCAUUUCGCUGUUUGUCACGAGGAACGUGUGUCGUGUAAUAUAGGAAGAGGUGUUUGUUGGUGUGCGAUGUUCCGAGGGUGUCCUGGGACUUGUACAGCUUCCUUACGUGUUGUUUGCAUCACUACAACUCACACUGAUUUGUUGCUUUUGUAUUUAAUAUUUAGGUUAUUCAUUUAAGCUAUUAUAUAGUAUUUUAUUGAAAGAAAGUUUAUAAUACAAAAAAAUAUAUAUAACGUAUAAAUAAAUCUUGUGUAUUUUUUAAAAGAACGCUAUACUGAUGUUUAUUUUAGAUCGUUAGAUUAAAUAGUAGCUAGUCACCGAUGGUUAUCGCUUGUUUUCCAGAGUCUUCAGGUUGAAGUGUACGUAUCGUAGUUGUCGGCUGUAUUCGCUUGAAACAGUUGGCCAUUUUUCGAUAUCGCUAUCAAAAUUUUCAUCGUUGUUUAUUUGUUCGAUUGGCUUUAAGAAAAAUUAAUAUAUAGAAACAGUUAUGAUAUAAAUGUUAAUGUCUUAUUUGGUAAGCUAUUUUAAUUUUUGACUUAUAAAAAUGUUUCAGUAUAAUUAAAGUUCUCCACUUCGA